AUGGACGCUGAGCACUUGCGCUACAUAUUGGUACACUCGUCCACUGCCAAGUUUGGACUGUUGCAAACGUCACCCAAGCGACUUUCGUCACCUCUUGUUCGAUAUUUCAUCACAGAUUCUUUAUUUUUAGGCAUGGACGAAUUAUUUCCAGUGAAGAUUCUGCUCCUCGGAGACGCUCAUGUUGGGAAAUCUACAUUUCUGGCCCGCAUGAGCAAGGGAGCCGGCGCACUCGAGGGCAAUUUGGAUAUCGAACUUUUGCGCGACAUGGACCAGCCCUUUAUAUUCGAGGCAAGGAACAAGAAAGGCGGUUACCGACUGGAGUUUUAUGAUACUUCGAGCCCCGAAAAUUGGCGACUGCUGGAACCAGAUAUGGUCAUUAUUUGCUACGACAUCAGCCAACGGCUGAGCUUGAUCAAUAUGCAAAGAGUUUGGAUCAAAGAGGUCCGCACAACCUUCCAGUCAGAAUCUCAACUGCCUCUUCUAGUGUUGGGUCUGAAGAGAGACCUGAGGUCUGAGCAAGACCCAAAUGGUAUCAUUUAUCCACAGGAGGCAUACAGGGUAGCUCAAGAGAUGAGAGCCGAUAAAUACGCCGAGUGCUCGGCCACCACGGGUGAGCUUUUCAAGCUAGCCUUUGAAGAGAUCUUCAGUACGGCAAUGAAGACCAAGACGGCUGCUGGUGGCCAGAGCGAGGGUGGUUGCGUAGUGAUCUGA